CGGCGCACGGGCCCCGGGAAUGGAGACCCGCUCCCCAGCACCGCGAGCUCGCCGCCGCUCCCGGGCAACAGGCGCAGCGCCGCUGCCGCUCCGGCUGUUUUUGCCAAAAUAGGUGGGUCCACUCUCACUCGCCCCACCGGAGUCGCCCUGAGGCCCGUGGCCCAGGGCUCACCCCCGUGGCCGCUGCUUGGCGCCUUGACCUUCUGGACGGCCAUGGAGGCUGGCAGGGAGAGAGGUGCAACCUAGUCGGCCGGCGGCAACGCCACCUGCCUCCACGGCGCCCGCCCCUCAGCAACUUCGCGUGCUCAUGGAUCUGAAGACUGUGCUCUCCCUGCCCCAGCACCCAGGGGAGUUCCUGCACCCCGUGGUGUACGCCUGCACGGCCGUCAUGCUGCUCUGCCUGCUCACCUCCGUCAUCACCUACCUCGUGCACCGCAGCGCCAUCCGGAUCAGCCGCAAGGGCCGGCACACGCUCCUGAACUUCUGCCUGCACGCGGCCCUGACCUGCGCCGUGUUCGCCGGGGGCAUCAACCGCACGGCCCACCCCGUGCUGUGCCAGGCGGUGGGCAUCGCGCUGCACUACUGCACGCUCUGCGCCAUGCUGUGGAUCGCCGUGGCCGCCCGGAACAUCUACAAGCAGGUGACCAGGAAGGCGCCGCCGUGCCCGGGCGCAGACCGGCCGCCGUACUCCCGGCAGCCCCUGCUCAGGCUCUACCUCGUCAGCGGCGGUGUUCCCUUCGUCAUCUGCGGGGUCACGGCCGCCACCAACAUCAAGAAUUACGGCCCGGAGGAUGAGGACGCAGCGUACUGCUGGAUGGCCUGGGAGCCCAGCCUGGGCGCGUUCUACGGGCCGGCGGCCUUCAUCGCGCUCGUCGCCUGCGUGCACUUCCUGGGCGCCCACGUGCAGCUGCGGCGCCACCCUGAGCGCCGGCACGAGCUCAGGGGGCGGGCGGAGGAGCAGCACCGGCCGCCGGGGCCGGAGGCCGCCCCCAGCCCCCGGGCGCCCCCGGGGCGGCCGCCCGCCUCGCUGCUGCAGAACGAGCACUCCCUGGAGGCCCAGCUGCGGGCGGCCGCCUUCACGCUGCUCCUGUUCGCGGCCACCUGGGCCUUCGGGGCGCUGGCCGUGUCCCAGGGCCCCUUCCUGGACCUGGUCUUCAGCUGCCUCUACGGCGCCUUCUGCGUGACGCUGGGGCUGUUUGUGCUCAUCCACCACUGCGCCAAGCGGGACGACGUGUGGCACUGCUGGUGGUCCUGCUGCCCCGCCCGCCGGGGCGCCCGCCCCGCCCUGGACGCCAACGGGGACGCCCUGGGGCGCGCCGCCUGCCUGCAGGACCUGCCCUGCCCCGGCCAGCCGCGGGGCUUCGGCCACCCCCCGGCCGGCCACUGCAAGAUGACCAACCUGCAGGCCGCCCAGAGCCACGUCAGCUGCCUGUCGCCGGCCACGCCCUGCUGCGCCCAGAGGCACUGCGAGCAGCUGCUGCAGGACGCGGUCCACGCGCACGGGGAGGACCCCUGCGGCCACGACCCCUGCGGCCACGACCCCCGCCUGCACGGGUGCCUCCGGGGCAGGACGAGGCCGCACCACUUCAGCCGGCACCGCGCGGCCACGGCCGAGCAGGAGUACGCCUACCACAUCCCGUCCAGCCUGGACGGCAGCCCCCGCAGCUCGGGCACGGAGGACAGCCCCCCCAGCUCGCUCGAGGGCCCCGCGGGGAUGCACGGCCUGGCCUGCUGCGCCCAGGACGACCCCUUCCCCUUGGUCAGCCAGCCCGAGGGCAGCCGCGCCAGCCCCACCCUCUACGGCUGCGGCCCGCGGCCCGGCCGGGAGGGGGCCCGGGGCCCCACCCACUUCGAGAUGCUCCGGCGGACACAGUCCCUGCCCUUCGGGGGGCCUGGCCCCAACGGGGUGCUCAAGGGCAGCCUGGGCGAGGCAGGGCCCUACGGCACCGACAGCACCGGCAACAUCCGGACGGGGCCCUGGAGGAACGAGACGACCGUGUAGCGGGGGGGGGGGGCCGGCCCCUCCUCAGCGGGUGUCGGGGCAGAGCGGGGACCCUCUGCCUCCUGGGGGCCGGGGUUGGGGGUCCCCACGUAACCGACCCUCUCAGGGGUGGCUGGCAGCCCCCGCUGACCCCUCGCUGUGAAGGACUCCAGUGGGAACACACUUUGGGGGGGUGCCGCCUCCCCAACCCUGAGGCUGGACAAGC